AUGGACGCCCGCAUCUCUCACGAUGCUCCUAAGGAGAUCAACAUCAUCAGCCUCAACUGCUGGGGCCUGAAAUUCCUCGCAAAGUACCGCCACGAACGCCUUUCUGAAAUCGGCCGCCAGCUCGCCGCCGCUUCUCCGCCGCCGGACAUCAUUGGCCUGCAGGAAUGCUGGACCAAACAAGACUACGAGUCCAUCCGCGAUACCGUCAGCGAGAAGCUCGGCCUGCACUACAGCAAAUUCUACCACAGCGGCAUUUUCGGUGGAGGACUGGUCAUCAUCUCACGAUGGCCCAUCGAGGAAACCAGCAUGGUCCGCUACCCGCUCAACGGCCGGCCCACUGCCUUCUUCCGCGGAGACUGGUUCGUCGGCAAGGGCGUGGCCUGCGCGAGAAUCCGGUUUGGCAAAGGCAAAAAGGAUGUUGCUGAAGUGUUUUGCACACAUCUGCACGCCCCAUACGAAAGCGAGCCCAACGACUCCUACAUCUGCCACCGUACCGCUCAAGCUUGGGAAAUAACGAAACUGAUGCGUGGUGCCGCUGAGCGUGGCCACCUGGUCAUCGGAAUGGGCGACUUCAACAUGUUGCCAUUGUCUCUCGCUCACCGCCUCAUUGAGGCGCACUCUCCCGUGAGAGACGUCUGGCGCAUCGUACACCCCGACUCUUCGGUUGGUGCGGCCCGUGACGCGGUCGAGCAGGCGCGUGGACGACCGAUGCCGAAUGCGAGAUUCAACAUCACGGAGAACGGAGCUACGUGUGACAGCGCGCUGAACACUUGGAGGUGGAACGAGGCGCAUAGGAAGCGCUUGGAGAAGGGUCUGCCCGUGGACAUCGAGGACACGGUCGAGGACCCGCGUGCAAAGCGUCUGGAUUACGUCUUCUUUUCUUCUGGUGAGAACAGUCCCUCAGCCAACAACGACACGGAUUGGGUGCUCGACAAAGUGGAUGUAGGCAUGACGCAGCGGCACCCCGAGUUGCGCUGCUCGCUCAGCGACCACUUUUCGGUGGAAGUGACCAUCAGGCGGGCUGGCGCCCGAUCUCCGUCUCCGCGCUCGUCGACCAGCGAAUCCCUGUACACGGGUUCAUCCGUCCUGCCUGUUUCUACUUACGACGAGAUCCUUGCCAUGAUUCACAAGUAUACAGCUCGAGAGUACCGGCAGCGGCGCCUGCGCCUGGCCCAUUUUGCCGGGCAGCUGCUCGUCGCCAUCGGCUGUCUCAUUGCGGUUUGGUGGAGCCCCCGCAACUUCGUGUCGUUCAUCUUAAUGCUAGUGAGCACGCUAGGCCUUGCCGCCGGCGUCAUCGACGGCCUGAUCGGCGGACUCUUUGUCGGAAGCGAGCUGCGCGCGCUGAGAGAAUUCGAAUGGGAGAUCAGAAACGCAAAGCUGGCGGCCGAGGGCCUGCCCGCGGAGCUGACCAAGACGCGCGAGGACGAAGUUGAACACGGCGGACCCGAGGUCGACGACGACGACGACGACGAAGAGCAGCGGCAGGGGGAUGACACGGCCGACGGGGUAUGA